CCCCUCCCGAAUCCCAACUCAGGCAGCGGAGCAAAAGAAAAGAAGAAUACCAAGGAAUCAGGAAACACUGAGAAAUAGUAGAAGAGAAAAGAAACUAUCAUUGUAAAGAAAGAUGCAGACCUGAGGGUGAUUCCCCAUCCUCCCGGCCUGGCGAAGUGAGACUAAACAGCGUGCCUUGAGGAAGACUGAAGGGAAGAGGGACGAUGGGGUUCGGACGGGACCUGCGGAACUCCCACGACGGGCUGUUGAAGCUGCAGGACUGGGAGCUGAAGCUGCUGGAGACGGUGAAGCGCUUCAUGACGCUACGGGUGAAGAGCGACAAGGAGUACGCCUCACUUCUCCUCAACAUCAGCCAGCAGGUGGACAAGCACGACAACUCCUCCCAGAUGGACUACAUCAGCAACGUCUCCAAGUCUUGGGCCCACAUGGUCCAGCAGACAGAACAGCUGAGUAAGAUUAUGAAGUGUCACGCAGAGGAGCUGAACUCGGGCCCUCUGCACAGACUCACUAUGAUGAUCAAAGACAAGCAGCAGGUCAAGAAGAGCUACCAGAGCAUCCACACACAGAUCGAGUCCGAAAUGAACAAGGUGACAAAAAGCGACCUAGAAAAGUUGAAAGGCACCUAUAGACAAUUAACAAAGGAUGCUCACAGUGCCAAAGAAAAAUACAGAGAAGCAAUGGUGAAAGGCAAGGAGCCGGAGAAGGCGAGGGAGCGCUACGACAAGACCACCAUGAAGCUCCACAACCUCCACAACCAGUACGUGCUGGCGGUGCGGAGCGCCCAGCUCCACCAGGAGCACUACCACGACACCACGCUGCCCCUCCUCCUCGACUCCCUGCAGAAGAUGCAGGAGGAGAUGAUCAGUGCACUGAAGGGGAUUUUGGAGGAAUACAGUGAAAUCACCAGUCUCUUAACUGAUGAAAUAGUGAAGGUCCACAAAGAAAUCCACACCUCCAUCGACCAAAUUGACCCUGUGUCAGAGUAUGAACACUUCAUUGAGGUCUACAGGUCUCCAGAAACCAAAGAACCGAAUGUAGAAUUUGACAUUUCACUGUUGGAGGAAACAGAGAAUCUUCAAGCAAACGAGAUCCUAUGGAACAAUUUGACUGCAGACAGUUUACAAGCGAUGCUGAAAUCCACAUCAGAUGAGCUGGUCCUCACUCAGCAGAGCCUACGCAGCAAGGAGGAGCUCAUGCAGGACCUGGAGAACAAGAUCGAGGAGUCCACCAGAACAUGUGAAAAGAAGUCUGAUGCGGUUCUGCUGCUCAGUCAGAAGCAGUCUCUGGAGGAGCUGAGGCAGACUGUCCAGUUGCUGUGCUGCACCGAGGCCAAGCUGGGCGCCCAGAAGGACCUGCUCGACCACAAGAUGCAGAAGAACGAGGGCAAGGAGCUGCCCCCCAUGGUCAACUACGAGGACGACGCGCGCUCAGUAAACUCCAUGGACAAAGACAAAGGCAAAGACAAGAUUUCAAAGUUGGACACCUUGCGUCAUUCCAUCGCCGGUAUCAUCCGCUCUCCGAAAUCUGUCCUUGGAUCAUCAUCUCAGUUUUUCGACGUGAUCCCGACCAGUGAGAAGCCCCUGGGGGACCAGGAGUGGUACCACGGGGCCAUCCCCAGGACCGAGGCCCAGGAGCUGCUCAAACAGCAGGGCGACUUCCUAGUCCGGGAGAGCCAUGGCAAGCCUGGCGAGUACGUCCUGUCUGUCUUCUCCGACGGACAACGGAGACACUUCAUCAUCCAGUUUGCAGAUAACCAGUAUCGUUUUGAAGGCACUGGCUUCCCGACCAUUCCUCAGUUAAUUGAACAUCAUUACACUACAAAGCAAGUCAUUACCAAGAAGUCUGGGGUGGUGCUUUUAAAUCCAGUCGUCAAGGAUAAAAAAUGGAUACUCAACCAUGAGGAUGUUAUUCUUGGAGAGCUUCUUGGCAAAGGCAACUUUGGUGAGGUAUUCAAAGGAACAUUGCGGGACAAGACUCCUGUGGCAGUCAAAACAUGUAAAGAGGAUCUUCCACAGGAGCUGAAGAUCAAAUUCCUAUCAGAAGCCAGGAUCCUCAAGCAAUAUGACCAUGCAAACAUUGUGAAGUUGAUAGGCGUUUGCACACAACGGCAGCCUAUUUACAUUGUGAUGGAGCUAGUGCCAGGAGGGGACUUCUUGUCAUUCCUCCGGAAGAAGAAGGAAGACCUGAAGACCAAGCAGCUGGUGAAGUUUGCUUUAGAUGCAGCUGCAGGAAUGGCUUACCUCGAGCUUAAAAACUGCAUCCACAGGGAUCUGGCGGCCAGGAACUGUCUGGUGGGAGAGAGCAACCUGCUGAAGAUCAGCGACUUUGGGAUGUCAAGACAAGAGGAUGAUGGGAUCUACUCGUCGUCCGGCCUCAAACAGAUCCCAAUCAAGUGGACGGCUCCAGAGGCAUUAAAUUAUGGGAGAUACAGCUCGGAGAGUGACGUGUGGAGCUAUGGCAUCCUCCUAUGGGAAACGUUUAGUCUAGGAGUGUGUCCUUACCCUGGGAUGACCAACCAGCAGGCCAGAGAGCAAGUGGAGAAAGGCUACAGAAUGUCCUGUCCACAAAAGUGCCCUGAGGAGGUUUACAAAGUCAUGCAGAAGUGCUGGGAGUACAAGCCUGAAAACCGGCCAAAGUUUGCCGACCUUCAGAAAGAACUGGCCUCGGUCAAGAAAAAAUAGCACCCAGGUAGGGGAAGGGGGACCAAGUCAUGCAUCACCUCCAGGGAAUCAUCCCCUUACAACCUGAAAGAAACACCACAGAACGUUAUAUCCUUGAUGCUACUUGUCGUGAUUGUAUUUACGGUCUAUACUUUGUCACAAAAUCACUGUGUUAUUUGCCUAUGCAACUGUUUUGAGCCAUUAUCAAGGAGAGAGGUCUCUGCUUAGCUUGGAUCAUUGUCAAAAUAUGACUGUAUUUCUUUUAAGGACAUUUCUCUUUUAUUUCUGUUCCUUUCUUUCACCUCCUACUGAACCUCAGUAAACUUCAGGUAUUUUGAGACAAAACCAUGCAAACAUGGUAAGAUCAUGUGUACAAUACAUAAAACGAUCAUGCUCCGUUGCACAUAUAGUGAGCUCAAACAGUAUUGGGACAGUGACAAAUGAUAUUUGUGCAUCAUUGUUCACGAUUCAUUCAGGAUUAUCUGUAAUCAUGGU